AUGACUAAUCUCUUUCUUAUCAUUCUGCUGGGCGUCGCUAGCUGCGCGACUGCGUUGAGCAUCGUUCAGGGCGGCCGGUCGUUCGAUCGCUUCAUCACUAUCUGGCUAGAGAACCAAGACUUCGACAGAGUCACCGCCGAUUCACACUUUGCCGACCUGAAGCGCGAGGGCAUCGAACUGACACGAUACUAUGCCCAAACACACCCGAGUCAGCCCAACUAUCUGGCUGCGAUUGGCGGGGACUACUUUGGGCUAAAUCACGACGGCUUUGUGCGCGUGCCGGAGAACGUCUCGACUGUGGUGGAUCUACUCGACUGGAAGGAUAUCAGCUGGGCCGGCUACUUUGAAGAUUUGCCAGGGCCGGGAUAUAUGGCUGAGGGCUCUGAUGGCUCCACAGGCAAUGGAGGAUGGGAUUACGUUAGGAAGCACAAUCCCUUCGUCUCCUACGAUAGUGUUAACAUGAACGGGUCCCGGUUGCUUAAUAUCUUAUCUUUCAAUGCGUUCGAGCGAAAUGUCGCCAGCGGAGAGGUCCCUCAAUUCGUAUUCAUGUCACCGAACAUGAUGAACGAUGGGCAUAAUACGACACUUCCCUUUGCAACGAGCUGGGCACAUCAUUUCAUCGAGCCGCUUCUGGCCAAGGACGCAUUCAAGGAGCGGACGCUCAUUCUACUUACAUACGACGAAUCUGACACGUAUGAACGUCCGAACCACAUCGGAUCACUGCUGCUCGGAAGCGCUAUCCCAGCGCGACUGAAAGGCACCAAAGACAACACCUUCUAUACCCACUACAGCAUCUUGAGCACACUGGAAUAUAACUGGGAGUUGCCGAACCUGGGGCGCUACGAUGUUGGGGCGAAUGUGUUCAAAAUGGUUGUGGACCAGGUUAAGGAUAACCACAACAAAGACCCGGGCAAUGUGGACAGUGUCGACAAUUCAGUAUCUUAUCCUGGUGUCCUGAACAACCAGACUGACAGGAUGUUGCCGAUUCCACCACCAAACUUGAAGUUGGUCGGCGCCAGUGGGUUGCCGGUAUUGGACGCCAUCCAGGAGAUAUGGGCCAGCGAAGCCACGUCUCAAAGCCCAUAUGAUGGGAGUGGGAACGUGUUCGACGGAGACAAGAAUCUUCCCGCGUACAAAGAUCAAGCUCCCAAUACCUCUUGA